AUGGGCGUUUGCUGCCCUUUCCUUCGACCCUGGGAUCGAACCCGGGACCAAUUUCCCCUCAACCUUCCUUGUCUCUCUGAUCCUGUUCGAAGAUCUUCUCUGCUUCUGAAAUUGGCACUAGUAGCGUUACACCUCGUCUUCAUCGGCUUCCUCUUCGUCUGUGAUGCAGAAUUCAUUGAGAAAACUAAGCGAGAUCCAUGGUACAUGGCCUCUUAUUUCUUGUUGUUUUCUGCCACUCUUCUGCAGUAUUUUGUGACUUCUGGCUCUUCACCUGGGUAUGUUAUUGAUGCGAUGAGGGAUGUUUGCGAGACAAAUGCAAUGUACAGAAACGCACCUACGACCUCAAUUAUUGAGUUAUAUACUUUUAUUAUGUCGUUAUUUAAGCGAAGACAACAUGCUUCCAGAAAAAGUGGGAGCGUGAUUGUUACCGUGGAAGGAGAAUCAGCCUCGGGUGGCAGAAGGACUCCGUCUUCAUGGGGGAAGUUGGUUCUGGACUUGUAUCCUCCAGGAACAUCCUUAAGAAAUCUGACGUGUGGCUAUUGUCAUGUGGAGCAGCCUCCACGAGCCAAACAUUGUCAUGAUUGUGAUCGAUGUGUUCUUCAGUUUGAUCAUCACUGUGUUUGGCUGGGAACAUGUGUAGGUCAGAAAAACCAUUGUAAAUUCUGGUGGUACAUCUGUGAAGAGACAACUCUAUGCAUGUGGACACUCAUCAUGUACAUUGACUACCUAAGUAACGUAGUGAAGCCUUGGUGGAAGAAUGCAAUUAUCAUACUACUGCUUGUCGUUUUGGUGAUCUCCUUGAUAUUUGUGCUGCUUCUAUUGCUUUUUCACAGCUACCUCAUUCUAACGAAUCAAAGCACUUAUGAACUGGUGAGACGAAAACGUAUUCCGUAUAUGAGGAAUAUUCCGGAACGAGUGCAUCCUUUUAGCAAAGGAAUUAAGAGGAAUCUAUACAACGUCUGUUGCAGCAACGACAAUCUAGACUCACUGCCCACUUCUUUUGAACUCGAGGAUAGAUCAAGACCCUACACUUGCUUAGAUAUGUUGAAAUGUCGUUGCUGCUAA